CGGCGGCAUGGGCGGGCAUUGGGGGGCCGUGCCCGCCCAAUGAGUGAGCCGUGCCCGCCCUGGACUAGAAGCUAUUUAUUUUAUCUUAUUUUAUUUGGGUUUUGUUUUUUUCGUCGGAGUAGCCUGCCAUCAUCUUAUUAUUCCUAUCUCGACUCGUCGAUCCUAUAAUUCAACCAAUCCAACCAGCCUAGCAACGUGUUAGCCAAUUACAGGUAGAGGGGGCGGGUCACGGGUCACUGAAUCAUACUAUCGCUGUCAACAGAUCAGUAACGUUACGUCCCGCCGUCGCGGCGUCGCCACCAACCGUUAUGGAUAUUCGGAAUUUCUUUCAGAAGAAUAAGGCGGCUAGCGUUCAUGCCAAGAGGAUUAACGAUGCGGACGGGAACGAGCAGGAAGCAGCACCAUACAACACCCAUUCCACUGGAACGAUGAGCACGGAAGUCAACACUGAAGUAAGCACUCAUGCUAGGAGGGUUAGCUACAGCAACUAGGGAGCACAAGGACUGGGAGCGCCAAGCAGCGUAACAUUAACUCCGCAUGCAAGAAACGUGAGUGAAGACGUCAACAACAACAACAACAACAACAACACGGUUGACGGUAACAUUCCUGCAGCUGCGAGGAACAGCAACAGGUUAUUGCAGCCUAGUGACCUUGGCACAGAGAAGCCCCAAAGACCGUCCAUGCAGAACUUUCCUCCGCGCCUUUUCUCAGGAAAAAAAAGGUCAUUUUGCAGUUCCUGGUAUGGAAGCUUUUCAUGGAUGGAGUAUUCAGUUCAGGCAGAUGCUGCAUACUGCUACCCAUGCAGAAUGUUUCAGGGACCCAGAUCCACUGACUCAACCUUCACUCUAACUGGGUUCCGUGACUGGAAGCAUGCGGUGGAAACUGGAAAAGGACUCCACAAGCACGCUGCAUCCAAAGAGCACCUGACUUGUGAUGCCAUGUGGAGGGACAAGGAAAGACGGAUUCACACAAGUAAGGAAAUCUCAACAUUAAUUAACACCGACCAACUGCAGCGCAACAGAUAUUAUCUGUCUGCAAUUAUUGAUGUUGUGGAGUUCCUUGCUGUGAACCAACUGCCCUUUAGAGGUGACCACGAUGCAUACAGUGGAAUGAAUGAGGAUGGAUGUGGGCUAUUUUUGUCUCUAUUUGAGUUUGCAUUAAGGAAAGAUGCAGAACUAGCAAAGAUAGCCAAAUCUAUUCCUCACAAUGCAAGAUACACAAGUCACGACAUUCAAAAUGACUUAAUAGACAUAAUGAGUGCUUUAGUAAGAGAGCACAUAGUAAAAGAAGUGGGAGACUCGUACUACACUUUAAAAGCGGAUGGAACCAGAGACCCAACAGGGAGAGAGAAUAUCUCCAUAGUUCUCCGCUUUGUGAAUGAACUGUGUGAACCAACUGAGCGCCUCCUAACAAUAGCCACUGCUGACCAGGGAGAUGCAGUUACAUUGACUGACACCAUCAUAGAAGAACUGACCACAGCUGGCCUGAGCCCUGAGAAAAUCCUCAGUCAGGUAUAUGAUGGUGCCUCACUCAUGUCGGGUAAACAUGGAGGAGUACAGAAACUGCUGCAGCAAAAACUGGACAGAGAGAUACCAUAUGUCCACUGUUAUAACCAUCAGCUGCAUUUGGUGGUCACCCAUGCCCUGGCAGCGGAAAAGGCAGUGAUGGAUUUCUUCAGUGUGUGUAACAUGCUGUACAAGUUCUGCAGAAGACCGACCGUUGCCAUUCUCUACAAAGGAGAGACACUCAAGCGCCUACUGGACCAGCGAUGGAGUGGACAUUUUGCUACAGUCUCAGUCAUUCUGAAAUCAUUUGAUGACCUAUCCACACUGUUCCAAGAGAUCACCAGCACCCGGGCAUUUGGAGCAGAUGUGCGCGUUGAAGCAACGGGGUUGUGGCAUAGCAUGUCUGAGCCCAGCUUUAAGUUCAUUGCUGAGAUGGUGCACAAGAUCCUUUCGUAUCUUGACCCCCCAAAUAAGAUGUUGCAGUCUGAACACAUGGAUCUGGCUACAGGUUUGCAGCUCAUCAGCAGUGCAUGCACCUGUCUUGAGAAUAUCCGCACUGAGACAGAAUUCCAGACAAUCCUGGCACAUUGUGACAAUGUUACAACAAGACCAUCAAAGAGGAAACGCACACAAAACUCUGCCCUUGCUGACUAUGUUGUUGAGGAAAUCUGCACACGAGUAGAUACUGAUGAUACAGAGCUACGCAGGAUUUAUUAUAGUUGUAUUGACUCAGUAUGUGGGGAAAUGAAAAAUCGCUUCGGGAAACAUAAUUGUGACCUGAUGGAGGCACUCAAUGCCCUGGAUCCUGCACAAGCGACAUUCUUGGAUGCCAGCAAGGUGAAGCCUUUACUUGACCUCACCAAGACACCUGCUGUGGACUCUGAAUUCGAGGUGGCCCGCAACUUCCUCAGGGCACAAAUGAAAGAGUCUUCUCCACCGGAUGAGGAGAAGUGGACAAUGAAACAGAUUCUGAAACAGUUCCAGAGGCCGCUGGAAGCAAUGCCCACCGUCUUCACAGCAUUUAAACAUGGCCUGACUUUUGGAGCCAGCACCGCGUCCUGUGAAAAUUCGUUUUCCACGCUCAAAAAUGUCUACACAGAACAUCGCCUAACUAUGCUUCAUCAACGCAAGGCCAAUCUGAUCCAGUUGGCAUUUGAGAAGGACUUGACUCGGAAAUUUAGGAAUGAGUGGAAGGACAGUGUUUUAAGGAGGUUUCACACAGUCCACAAACGCCGCCUGCCACUCUACUAAAAGGUUACCACCAGCAUAUGAACUUUGCCUGAUGUGUGAGGACAACACCUCACAGAUCCAUCCAUCCAUCUUCAUCAUCUUUUCUGAGGUUGGGUCAUGGAUGUAGCAGCUCCAGCAGACGACCCCAUACUUCCUUCUCCCUGGCCACAUCAACCAGCUCUGACCUCAUAGAUACUCCAUAUUUUGCGUUUCUUGCACACUGCAAAAACUCACAAACUUACCAAGAAUAUUUGUCUUAUUUCUAGUCAAAAUGUCUCAUUACACUUUUCACUUUAUUUAUUUUCUUUUAAUAAUAAACUGGCAUAUUUUUCUACUUAUUUCAAUUGAAAAUUAGCAAGUGACAAGUGAAAAACAACUUACUUUUUGGGUAAUGUGUUUUAUUUUCAGUGAAAUUAGACAUUUUGACUGGAAAAAAGAGAAAUAUUCUUGGUAACAUUUUGAGUUUUUGCAGUGCAGGCAGAAGGGUAACACUGCUUGGUGCUCCUUGUGCUCCCUAGUUGCUGUAGCUAACCCUCCUUGCAUGAAUGCUUACUUCAGUGUUGACUUCCGUAAUCAUCGUUCUAGUGGAAUGGGUGUUGCAUGGUGCUGUUUCCUGCUCGCUCCCGUCCGCAUCGUUAAUCCUCUUUGCAGGAAUGCUAGCCGCAGUAUUGUUGAGUUUUUUUGUAAAUAGUUAUUGGUUUUCUUUCUUGUGUUAAUGAAAGAAUUAAGUUAUGUUACCUAGAUUUUAUUUUUGAUAUUAUAUUAUAUUUAUUAUAAUAUAAUUAUAUAUAUAUAUAUAUUAUUGAGAUUAUAUUUUUUGUCUAUUUUGUCUGUUUCAUUUAAAUAAAUAGACAUAACACUA